CGCCGUACUUUUGCAUCGUGUGUCGCCUGAGUCAACUCUGGAACAGGCUGCUACGCAUGAUGACGCGGUGAGCUGACAUGUGAUAGUGAAACGUACACGCGCAGGCGCGCAUGCUAUUCAUCGUCCACCCCAGCAGCCAGAUGCAGAGGUCGAUGGCUCCGCGUGGCUUUGGAAAGCAUUGCGGUACACUAAAGCGAAGAAGAUGGGGCGGUUUGAGACGGCAGUGUGAGCUUUUGGGCUUAUUUGAGAUUGAUCAGCACCACGAGUUCUACAGCCUCACUUGCAUGAUGAAGGAGGGAUUGUUUUCAUCAAUCCUAACCACCAUUGACCAUGCAUCUACAAAUCAAGUGUUAGAAGAUGAUUUCAGAGCAGAGGACACUCAGAUUCAUAAGGGUUUUAUGUUGGAGACAUUUGCUGCCCCAGUGUUUGCCAAUCUACGGCGAUCUUUAGGUGUGACAGAACAGGAGUAUCAGCAAUCCCUCUGCUCCGACAAGUGCUACCUUCAGUUCAUAAGCAACUCUAAAAGCAAGGCUGACUUCUUCCUCACGAAUGAUAAACGCUUCUUUUUGAAGACUCAGAAUGAACGGGAAAUACGAUUCCUUCUGGACAACCUGAAGAACUACAUGGCACAUUUGCAGAAAUACCCCCAUUCUCUUUUGGUGAAGUUGCUAGGUGUUCACAGAAUCAAAAUUUCAUGUUGGCAAAAGAAGUACUUCAUCGUUAUGCACAGUGUGUUUUAUCCAGAUGAACGAAUAAAUGCCAGGUACGAUAUAAAAGGUUGUGAAGUGAGUCGCUGGACAGAUCCGUCACCAGAUGGAUGCCAGAUUAUUGUGGUCCUCAAAGACCUCAACUUUGAAGGACAGUACAUUACUCUUGACGAACAGCGUUCCUGGCUCCUGCGGCAAAUGGAGAUAGACACAGACUUUCUCCGAAGCCUCAACGUAUUGGAUUACAGUCUUCUGCUUGCCCAUCAGCCUUUGCAACAAGAUGAACGUCACCGUGCUAUCUCUUUUGCUUCAUUAAUCAUGAGAACUAAGCGAUCCGUGAAUCCAAGCACCAGCCCCAUCUAUAGUAUCCCUUCUGUUACCGGGGCAGUCCCAGAGGAUCACGCCACCUUCAUUUCAUCACAAAUUGAUAGUGACUAUUUGAAGCAAGCAAGAGACGGCCAAAGUGGAGAAACACAUCACAUUGCUGGCAAUGAAACAGAAGAGCUGCCAGACUUUGAAGUCCAAAACAGACGUUUACUGCUCAAUUUAAAGAAUGCUCUGCAUGUCAUUGAUGGACCUGAUCAACGCUACUUCAUUGGCAUCAUUGAUAUUUUUACAGUUUACAGUUUAAAGAAAAGAUUGGAAUAUUGGUGGAAGAGACUGAGGCAUCCCGGACGGACAUUCUCCACAGAGCUGAGAGAGCAGAAACAGAAAGCCAUUCUCAACAUCACAUCAUCUUAACAAUUUAAAUAUGUGUGUAUCACACAUGUGAAACUAUGAGGUGGACUAUGAUAAGGAGGAUCUGUUCAAAAUGUUCUUCUAUAAUAUUGUGGGACUAUUGUAACUCCAAUCAUUCACUCUAAUUAUGAAAUGUGCCAAAACAACAUUUUAGUCCAUGGGAAGUCAGAACUCCAGCAACAAACUUUAUGAAAGACAAUAGCAUUACCUUAUCCUGAAGCCUGUCAUGAACAGGUUUAUAUUACCACAUCAAUUACUCAAAUGUGUGAGGUGCAUGAUCCUGGGCCUGCUUCGUAAGAAAAUAUGCCUUGCUCCGAAUCAGCAAUAUACAAAUGAAACCAACCUGAUUUCAACUACUAAGUCAUAGUCCAAAACGUUUUUGUGACAAAAUGACUACAUGUGAACUACAAUUGCAUGAGGGAUGUAACUAAACACUUAACUGUCCAGACACACAACAAAGGGUUUACAUUUCUAAGUUGACACAAGGCCCAUAUUUACAACCUUUUGCUGCUCUGCUUUACUAGGCUCUGCCUCCACAUCCCAACUCUCCCAAUCGCUCUGCAACUGGUACAGUCAUAAAACAAUAAACCAAAAAAUACAAACUACAAGGAAUAUCAUUUGAUAGUAUCACAAACUGUAAAUGUUAUGCCAUCAGAUACCUGUUCAUAUACCUUUUAAGUAAUGCCCAAUUUGCAUUUGUGGAAUAAGAAGAACAAUGAGUAAAGUGUAUUGGAAAACCGUCCAUGUAACUUUUGACAAAUCUUGCAGUUGGUGUAAUAAUGAGAGAGCAGGGUCAUUUGAAGAUGUGUGUUUGGAGGUGUGGCGAUCAAGUUGCAGGUUGAGGGGCAGUUUGACUGAAGGACUUGUCCCCAUAGCAGUGUAAGAGCAUAUGUAAGAAUUUGGGUGGGUAGGAUACAAGAGAAGAAACUUAGAAGUACAGUCGUGUGUGUGCGUGCAUGUGUAAAAUAUUAGCAAUUUAAUCUGGUGAUUUAUUGUUUAUUGGAUUCCCUUUAGCUCUUGCAAUAUGUAAAAGUAUAUCUUCCUGAAAAACAAAACAACACAAUAAUAAUAAUAAAGGUAAUUAUUAAUAAAUUAAAACAUUAAUAAACACUAACUAAAAGACAACAUAAUAAUAAAUUUAAUGAAAUAAACCAGGGGUGUAGACUCGGUUCGGACUCGGGGACUCGGUCAUUUUUGCCGGACUCGGACUCAGUGCUGAUUUUGACCGAGUCCGACAAUUAAAAAAAAGAGGCAAGACGCAGCCAGAGAGUGUCAGGUUACAGUCAGCGCGGUAGGAGUUGGAAGAAGCAGUAAAAACUCCACCAAACUCGUCGUAAUGACCCGUGAUAUAUGUUAUAUCCUUACUAUUUUCCAGGUUCUUAGAUAGCAAGAAUAGGUCGGACAACGACGUGAAUGAUAACUGCUUUAUUCCUUACUCACAGUGCGUUCACAGGGCGUACCACAACAACACAGAAUGCGCCCAUCCCACUUCUGGGGUUUUUCUACUACGGAAUUUGAGUUAGCCCAAAAUACACAACAUCUCUUCCACUCUUACAAUUAACGUGCUAUAUGCACCUAUAACGUGACAUCUUCAAGAUCUAUCAAUAACUACCAUUAAACAAUUAUCAUAUAUGGUCCAGACAAUUAUGACAAUAAUAUUCCCAUGAAACCUUAACUUUGGGUGAGUUUGGACUACGUCGAAUUAUACCGAAUUAUAGCGAAAAACCGAUGUCGUACGGCGUC